AUGUCAGGUACUACUCUCACUCCCAACGUUGAUGAAGGCUUGAAAUCCAACCCCACCGUGCACAUCAAAUUGAAGAAGGUUGAAAUGUUUGAUGACAUUAGUGAAUUGCCUGACUGUAUCAUAUCUUACAUCUUCACAAAGUUAACCAUCAAAGAUUUGUUGAAAACUAGUAUACUCUCUAAAAAGUGGUGCAAACUUUGGACUUUAAGGAGAGAGCUUUACUUUGAUAUCUUCAAUGUCUUUGAAUAUACCGAACAACAACUACUACAAAAGGGGUAUCUUAUUGAUGUCACUGUCCAUAGUACUUAUAGUUCUACCGUGGAGAGAAUGCUCAAUUUGGAUAUUAGUAGAGAUCCAUUUGUAAAACGAGUUGAUCAAUUUCUCAAGCAUUCUCAUGCCACAAUUAUUGAUUCUUUCUUGGUCAACUUCUAUUUAGAUUCUCAACAACAAAGCAUCAUUGAUGAAUGGAUACGUUUUGUAAUUGCAAGAGGAAUUGGAAGAAUGGAAUUACUCUUUUGUGGAAGCCCUUACACACCUCGCAACCUGCCUCGCAAACCUUAUAAAUUUCCCUUCCAUUUAUUUCCAGAGACUAAUGCUUCAACUCUAAAGCAUUUGCGUCUUGAAUAUUGUCUUGUUUCCAUUCCCCCCAACUGCAAUUUUAUUCCAUUCAAAAAUUUGAGUUUCCUUUCACUUAAAAGGGUAAAAGUGGAUGGAGUUUUUAUUCAUAGUUUAACACAACUUGAAGAGCUUCACUUAAUUCAAUGUGAGCUCAAAUCAUUAACACUAAAGAUAGUGAGUUCUUCCUUACGUCAUCUCAAAGUUUCAUUAUGCUAUCUCCUAUACGGCAACUUCCAAAAGGAUGUAAACCUGAUUUCACUAGAUUGCCUUAAACUAAUUUCAUUCGACUACGAUGGACAUUGUUCGGCUAACACGAACUUUAAUACGCCUAUGUUGAACAACAUUCAGCUCUCUGUUAUGUGUAGUGAACAACGUCUUAAUGCAUUCAGACUCUUGGCAACUCUUCCUAAACUUGAGAUUCUGCAAUUAGAUCUUUAUUCAAUGGUACCAACUUCCCUAAAAAUAACUCACCUACUCGAACAUCUCAAGGAGUUGAACUUGAUUUUUAUCUGGCCACUCCGCAACCCACGAAAAUUAGAGUUUGAUCUUUCAGGGAUCUUAACCAUCCUACAAGCUUCUCCACUUUUACAAAAACUUUCAGUCAUGCUCACAUAUCCUGAGAUUAUUGAAGAUCAAAAAGUUGUUAGGGAUGUUGAUGCGUUCUCUCAUGAGGAGGUCAAAGUUAUUGAAUUGAGAGGUUGUGUUGGCAAUUGGUAUGAAAUUGAGUUUGCUAUGAAUGUUAUCAAAUAUGCCAACAAACUUGAGCGAAUAGUUUUGAGUCCAUAUUGGAGAGAUAUUGUUGAAUCCUUGGACUGGAGUUCUGAUCUUGCAUGGUUUCAAAAUGGGCGUCAAAGGAUUACUGAAAAGUUUCAAACUGAAGAACUAGUUGGAAGAGAAAAACUAGUGCUCAUAUAA